GAAAUUUUAUAUGGCAAAGUCUCUUACCAUCCUAUCUAUAUAUAUACGCCAUACCAACCUUUUCUGCCAUAAUACCUUAAUAUUUCAAAUAUCCAGAGGGAGUAACCUCUCAAUUUAAGCUUCCAAUUAUUUUGAUUUUCCACAUUUCCAUAUCCACCUCUACCAUAUAUAUCCACAAACCUCUCUAUCCAUCUAAAAAAUUUCAAAAAAUCUCAAUUAGAUUUCCCUCUCUCUCUCUCUCUCUCUCUACUCUCUCUUUGCUCUGCCUUCAAAAUGGGUCUAAGAGACAUUGGUGCUUCACUGCCCCCUGGGUUUCGGUUCUAUCCGAGUGAUGAGGAGUUGGUCCUUCAUUAUCUUUACAAAAAGGUCACAAAUGAGGAAGUUCUCAAGGGUACCUUGAUGGAUAUUGACUUGCACACGUGCGAGCCAUGGCAACUCCCUGAGGUGGCUAAGCUCAAUGCAAACGAAUGGUACUUCUUCAGCUUCCGUGACCGUAAAUAUGCAACCGGUUUUCGGACCAAUAGGGCAACGACAUCUGGCUAUUGGAAAGCAACGGGGAAGGAUCGUACGGUGUUUGACCCCGCCACGCGUGAGGUUGUAGGAAUGAGGAAGACGUUGGUGUUCUACAGGAACAGAGCUCCCAAUGGCAUCAAAACGGGUUGGAUCAUGCACGAGUUUCGCUUGGAGACGCCACACAUGCCCCCUAAGGAGGACUGGGUUUUGUGUAGAGUGUUUCACAAAGGAAAAACAGAUAACAGUGCCAAACUCAUGUACGAGACCACGGUUCCAUCCCUAACUUUGUCAUCACCAACAAACCAAACCACACCGGUUGGGUAUAACCAACUUGUCCCAUUCUCCUCCUCAAUGGGAACCCAUCAUCAUUAUCAUCAUCAUCAAAACCAAAACCAAAACCAAAACUCUUUGAUGAGUCUCCUUCAAUUUUCGAGGGAAACAAACACCAACUCUAGCACCGUCACUCAGAUUAGUCCCAAAUGUGAUGAUGGCUAUGAGUUCUUAUGGGACAUGGAUCUCGAUGAUGGCGUGGCCUCCAACAUGGACGGAAUGAGAUUCGAGGUUGAUAAUAAUAGUGUGGUCUUGAUAUGAAAAGAAAAAAAAAAGUGAAAUGUGUACAUGUACAUAAAUUUAUGGUUCAUAUAUCGCAAGUUACGGAAAUUGUUGAUGUGUGAUGUGAUGAUGGUGUUUGGCUUUAGGGGGCAGGGCACGUGCUUGGAUUGGGAAUGGUUGUUCCAUGGUUGGGGUCUAUUGUUCAAGUGUUGUUAUAUUAAUUAGGCUUUUUAGUUUUAGUAUUAUUUUUUGGGUGGGAAUAUAUGGCUAUACAUAUACAUUUAGCAUUUGUAGAGGGAGAUAUGUAGUGAUGUACAAUUUGUAUAUUUAUAUAUAAUUACUGUCCAAUAAUUAUUCUCUAAUUCUA